AUGAAUCUAGACGAAGCGUUGCCUCGUUCACCGCAGUAUGACGUGAUCAUCGUAGGCGGCGGCACCGCCGGCUGCGUCCUCGCCGCACGCCUCUCAAUUCGCGCACCAAGCCUUAAACUCCUGCUGCUCGAAGCAGGCCCCAACAACAAUGAAGACAGUCUUGUGCGGACCCCGCUACCGAGCCGUCGCAUGUUCGGAAACCCGAACUAUGAUUGGUGUCUGCGCUCAGUCCCGCAGAAAGGACUCAACGGCCGCACAAUCGAGCAGACCAGAGGCAAGAUGCUUGGUGGGAGCAGUGCUAUCAACUCGCACUCUUUGGUAUACCCGAAUCGGGAGAUGCACGAUGCCUGGGCUAGCUUGAUCGGAGACGAUAGGUGGGGUUGGUCUGGGAUAGAGCCGUACUACAGGAAGUUUCAGCAUAUCAUUGGGGAUGGAGGUAGUACCCAGCAUGAUGGACCGAUCCAGGCGUCUUUCCCGCGAGAACUGAAUCAGGUUCAGCUGGCAUGGAAUAGUAAUGGGAGGAUUGACUACCACGAACGCUAUCAAUGGCAGUGGGGAGCGAAGUCAUGCUGCGAUGCCUAUUUGAGACUUGCUGGUUCGAAUCUCACCAUUGAGACCGCAGCACACGUCGAAAAGGUUGUCACUCGCAACGAAGGGUCCGAUGUGAUCGCAGAGGGUGUUUUUUACAGGAGAGACGAGAAGCGUGUCUUUGCGAAGGCCACCAGGGAGGUGAUUCUUUGCGCCGGCGUCUUCGGCUCGCCUCAGAUUUUGGAGCUCUCCGGCAUAGGCCAACGAGACAUACUAGAGGCAGCAAACAUUCAGCCAGUGCUUGAGUUGGCGGGUGUUGGAGAAAACCUCCAGGACCACCUGAACUACGGUCCAAGCGUCGAGGUCCGCCCGGAGGUCGAGACGCUGGAUAGCCGAAGAUACGAACCAUCAGUCGUGGCAGACCACCAACGACAGUACGACACCACAAGAGGCGGAGUUCUCGCGGAGGGCGCAGCUUACAGCUUCGCAUACUGGCCAUUGCAGCUUUUCAACGAUGAGCAUGAAGAACAGCUGCUACGUAGCGCAGUGGCUGCUCAUAAAGCCACACAUCCCGCCUCUCCCCACAAUCAAUACAUCUACGACAGCUUACUGUCACCAGAAGCCGCAAGUGCGACAGUGUUCAUGACGCGAAUGGCUCGGUAUGCACCGGACCUGGUCGCAGAUGACGGAAACACGCAUACCAGGUCUGCUGUUCCAGGAGACCCACCUUUGAUCGACCCGCGGUAUCUGAGCGAUGACCUCGAUGUCGAAGUGUUGGCGCGGCAUGUCGUUCAGCUUGAGAAGCUGCUUCAGCUUAGCUCGUUCCGGGACGUUGUGUUACCGGACGGACGGCGUUUUCCAAGAACGUUCAGCAAGCCGGAACAAUCAAGUGAAGACGUCAAAGAGGCGAUACGUGAACACGGCGCGACGAACUAUCACCCGUGCGGCACCUGUGCAAUGCUGCCGGCUGACGCUGGUGGCGUGGUGGGUUCUAGCCUCCGAGUAUAUGGUACGCGGAAUCUACGUGUAUGUGAUGCCAGCAUAUUUCCAAUCAUCCCUCGUGGGAAUAUCUUGUCCACGGUGUAUGCUGUUGCCGAAAAGGCAGUGGAUAUGAUCUUGGAUGAGUGGAGUGCGUAG